CAGAAAGAACAGUAAAAAUGCAGGCAGGGCACAGGACAAAAUGUAUGUGAAAUGGUUUGAUACAAAAAUGACAGUUUCAAAAAAUGUUUAAAUUUGUCGCUGUUCCAGCCCCCGUACGUCCCGACGCUCGCAGGGACCAGAACACGGAAGCCGGAUGCCGGCAUCGGCCCGAGGAGAUGGCCGGGACACUGCAGGGGACGCAUUGCGGGAGCAAAGGACAAGGUAAGCGCUGCAGGGAAUCCCUGAGCUACACCGCAUGGUAAGCCCGAGUGUAGCUCGGGGUUACCGCUUUUGGUACUGAAA